ACAGCCUACACUACCCCACACCUCGGCCACCUAGAUCUCCACCGUCAACCCCACAAACCCUUCUCCAUUUUCGCAGAAACACAGAGCCAGAGCUCGAGAUGGGCGCAACACAAGCGAUGAAGAGAAUUCCGCUUAUCAAGUUUCCUCAGAGGCACCGCAAACCCUCCGGUUCUGCAUCUGCAUCCCAGGCAGUGUCUGCAGAUGGGAAUGCUCAGCAGAGUUCCUUUACUAGGAUGAAGGUUCCUGUUGCCCCUUCAAAUGUUGGUUCAGGAGGGAAGGCUUCUCUCCAGCCAAAACGAACUCCAGUUUCUAAUGAGGAAAUUGAGGCUAUUUUGUUGGGAGGCUGCUUCUGAUCUUUUGAUGGAGCUCUGAGACAGGAAGUCGAUGUAUUGGGCUGUUCUUUGUCUUUUGAAUUUCUUUCUUUAUUUUGUGGAAAUCAAAUUUUUUUACUUUCUACAUAAACAGAGAAGGUUAUAAUGCAACGAUCGGCUUUCUGAAAUCUUCUACAUAAACAGCUGUAUCUUGAGGAGAUUAUAAUGUAAUGAUCAGCUUUCUGAAAUCUUCCCAAGCGGAAAAACUAAUUAUAUCUGGAGAAGGUUAUAUGCAAAGAUCCAGGUUUCUGAAA